AUGGAUACCGAUAUAGAAAAGCAACAACAAAGGCCACAUGAACAGCACAUCACUGAAGAAGCCGAAUCACCACACUUCAGCAAGGAAUCCUUUGAACAGGACAUUGAAUCCUCAGGCUCAGACGACAAUGGCAUCACACUAAAGCGCACUGUAUCGCGAAAGCCGCCCCACCCAGAAUGCGCCAGAUGCAAGCAUGGCCUCACAGAUGAAGAGGGAGAGCCUUGUCACAAGCAUGACGGCUUUGAAACAGAUCCCAACCUCGUGCUCUGGGAUGGAGACGACGAUCCAGCAAAGCCCAUGAACUGGCCCAUGUGGCGUAAAGUCUGCUUCUCCAUCACCGCUAGUUGCUUCGUCAUUGCGGUUUCCAUGUCGUCUAGUAUCUUUGGUCCGGCUACUAAGACCACUGCGCAGCUAUAUGGUGUCUCGCAUGAGGUGAUGAAUCUAGGCAUUACCUUCCAUAUUCUUGGUUUUGCCUGUGGACCUCUAAUUUUCGGUCCACUGAGUGAAGUCCUUGGUCGUACGAUACCGCUUUGGAUAGGUCUUUUUGGGAUGGGAAUCUUUCAGAUACCAGAAGCUGUUGCCCAAAACGUCCAGACCAUCCUCGUGUGUCGCUUCCUUCAAGGCUUGUUUGGUAGUGCCGUCUUCGCUGUUGUGAGCGGCAUGUUUGUCGAUAUCUGGAGUCCGAUCCAUCGAGGCGUAGGAUUAGGCGCAUCUGCGACCUGUAUCAAUCUUGGUUCUACAUUUGCCCCAAUUAUUGGCGCCUAUGCAACCAACCAUGUCGAUUGGAGAUGGACAGCCUGGCUCACACUCAUCUACAUUGGUCUGGUCGGCUUUCUCGGUCUACUCAUCGUACGCGAAAGCUUCGAACCAGUCCUUCUCGCUCGCAAAGCCAAGCGCCUUCGCUUUCAAACCGGGAACACCAACCUCUAUGCUAAGUUUGAGGAGAAUCCUAUCGACUUUAGAACUCUGGUACAGAAGUACGCUACCAAGCCAGUGCGCAUGUUUGUUCAAGAGCCCAUCUUGAUCUUCUGCACUAUUUACCUUACAAUCGUGUACGGAACACUCUAUCUCUCCUACCAAGCCAUCCCCUUCUCCUUCCGCAACAGAGGUUGGAGCCCUUCCGUUGCCUACCUCCCUUUCAUCGCCAUCACUCUGGGCAUCAUCAGCGCCUGGAUCCUCUUCUCCAUCUUUACAUUAACAUGGUACAAGAAGCGAUGGCUAGUCAACAAGUCCGCUCCCCCAGAAGACCGUCUUCCCNCCAUGAUCCUCGGCGCUUUUAUCCUUCCUCCUGCACUUUUCUGGCUAGGCUGGUCUCAAGAAACCCACUGGGCAUCUCAAGUCAUCGCCGCCUACUUCGUCGGUCUGGGCUUGCUGCUGAUCUUUAUUUCUGGUAUAGUGUAUAUCGUAGACACUUAUCUUGUCAACAGUAAUUCGGCAAUGUCUAUCCACAUAGUGGUGAGAAGUAUUGUAUCUUCUUCUUUUCCUCUGUUUGCGAGUCCAAUGUUUGAGGGUCUGGGGACCGGGUGGGCGUGCUCGGUAUUGGGGUUCGUGUGUCUUGUCAUGGUACCGGUGCCGAUUGUGUUUUAUCUAAAGGGCAAGACGAUAAGGAGUUGGAGUCGUUAUGCGCCUGGUACUUAG